AUGUCUUCUGGUAAUAUUAGGCUCAUGAUUUUAAUCAUUUUCAUCGCUGUUCGAAUUUUGCCUGUCUCUUCCGAAUCCUUCGAUUCCGCCAUUGUUGACAUUUCUGCAUUAGAAUUUGCGAAAGAUAUUACGACUCUUGUAAUUGAAUCCACUUUAAAAUCAAAGUGCGAUGGAAAUAUUUUUGUGGUAUCUUCAUUUUGUGAGCAAUACUUGGACCAUGCAUUGAUUUCUAUUCGGGAGUGGGCACCACCCAUUUUAAUUGUCAAAUUUCAAGAUUAUGAAACCAUCUCGGAUAAAAAUUCUUGGACUAAAUAUUUGUCCUGGCACCGGAAAUCAUGUUCUCUGAUUUUUAUCUGUGACUUGAUAAGUCCUGUUCCAACUGUACCAACUUUUGACAAUGCAUCAUCGUCGUUAUUACAGGAUUACAAUAUCAUGGAACAAUUUACAAGCUCGAAAAGAGUGGAUGGAGGCUAUCUAAAAAUUCCUAGAUUUGUCACCUCAUUGGAUCAAAUCAUUUAUUUUUCUGAAGGUGAAUCUUCAGAACCUGAUCUUGAUGGAACUAUUCCCGACUCUGCUGCUCUUACUUGUUGCACCAACUAUCGGACAGCCCAAAUUGAAACAGACCUUAUGAGAAAAACUGGAGUACUACUGUCAAUCCGAGUUCAAGAUUCUCAUACCGAUAAACCAGAAUCUCCCGUGGGAGGAAUUACGCUAACAUCAGAGAGAAUGGCCAAAAUUGAUUUUUCUCAGAUUUUCGAAACCGAACCCAUCGUAUUUGUAGUUCAGAAACCUAAAAAUAUUUUUGUUUUGGGAAUUUGGCUCGCAUUUCAACCUCAAGUAUGGCCAAUUAUCCUGCUCCUCAUAGUCAUCAUGUCGUCCUUGUUCGAAUUAAUUACCAAUGACGAAUUUCCACCUUUUCACUGUUGCCUCAAAAAAGGAGCAAAGAAAAAUAAAUUGUCACUGAGCAUUAUGAUUGAUGAAGCCAUCAAGGAAUCAAAACGGAAAACACUGAUUGUUCGAAUGUUUGCAGGAUGCUUCCUAACUCUGCAACCAAUGUUUGGUCAACCUCUCAAUUCUUCUCAGACGAUGUACCAACCUCGUCGGUUUAAAAUGCUACUCGUCCUUUGGUGGUUUUCAUGCCUUAUCAUAACUACCCUUUACAGCACCUCUUUAAUAUCCAGUCUCAUCAAUCCUGUCAUCACAACGGAGCCCAAAUCAGUCCGAGAACUGAUUAAUUCUGGAUAUCAUUUCAAGUUGGGGGGUCGCCACGCAGCAGUCAAAGAACUAAUCAACACAUCCUCCACCACGGUGGACAAUUUAUUCGAGAGUGGUAGUAAAUUUAGACCACCUGCUCCCAAUCCCGAUACCGAUAAAAUGACCAAACUUUUGGAAAUGAUCCGAGAACGGCUAUUACUUCCCACUCAUCAACCAGUAAACCCGAACUUGGUCGCUUACAUCGUUGAGGAGUCGGGCAUAGGAAACGAAAAUGAUCUUCAACUUACCAACAUGAAAGUAAUGGAAGAACGACUAUUAAUUACAGGCUAUGCUUUCUCUCUCAAGAAAAACGUCCACUACAAACGAAAAUUGGAUGUUGGAUUAGGUCGGUUAAAUGCAGGUGGACUGAUUUCCCACUGGGCCUCAAAGUAUGUCAAUAACAUGAACAAGGUCUUGGGGAGAAAGUUCAGGCUUAGAGAAAGGCUCGGCCAAAUCACGCUGAACCUUAAAAUUUUGCAGGGAGCUUUCAUCUUUCUCGUGCUUGGUCUCAGCCUUUCAGCCCUCGUGUUCGUUUUCGAACAUUGGAACAAACACUAUACUUUCAGAAUGUAUACGAAAAAUCAUCUCUUACGCAUCGGAAGGAUGAUGAUUGUUCAUGUGGCACAAUUUUAUCAUGACCAUGUGGCUGAUAAUAAUUCGAAAACGAACUCGAGAAAAAAGGGGAAAGAUAAAUUUAGAAAGGUCGUGGACACGGUUGUGGUCAAAUUGAGACAAGAACAUGAACAUGAACACGUCUUCCUUAGAUAG